AUGGCCCCCGUCACUGCUCGUGGUCGCAAGGCCCAGAAGGUCACCCAGAAGUUCGUCAUCAACGCUUCGCAGCCCGCGAGCGACAAGAUCUUCGACGUCUCUGCCUUCGAGAAGUUCCUCCACGACCGCAUCAAGGUCGAGGGCCGUGUCGGCAACCUCGGUGACAAGGUCGUCAUUUCCCAGACCGGUGACGGAAAGGUCGAGGUUGUUGCUCACAUUCCCUUCUCUGGUCGCUACCUCAAGUACCUGUAUGUGCACCUACAACAUCCAAACCUACAUGGGGAAGACAAAGUCAGGGCUAAUGAAAACAGGACCAAGAAGUUCCUCAAGAAGCAGCAGCUCCGUGACUGGCUCCGCGUUGUCUCUACCUCCAAGGGUGUCUACGAGCUCCGCUUCUACAACGUCGUUAACGACGAGGCUGAGGAGGACGAGGAGUAA